CAUCAACACCACAAAGAGGCUGUGCAUUUUAGCCAUGUCGGAAUCCAGGCGUUCUUUAUGUGAGUUUGUGCUUUUAGGACGUGUAUUCAGAAUUAGGUCUAAACAGUUUACCAAGUGGAGGUGAACUUUGUGCAGCCAAGACUUGGGGCUUUGCCUACAUUGUCAGGAAAAGGUAGAAUCCCCCUGGCCCCCAACCCCUAAAAGUUAGUUUAUCAGAAUUGCUUGCAAAGAGAGCACUGCCUGUUCCUUUGGCUGCUUGGUUUGUUGGUAGGCAGAGCCUCACCGUGGAACUCAAAGCUGAGAUAACAGGAUAUGCCGAGCCUAGAUGAGUUACGGACAUCAUAUUCAAGGGGGACAACUGUGAACUUACUGUCAAGUGUAGACGAAGGCUUGAGAACAAAAGGCUUGUGAAAAGAAUGGCAGACAUGCUGGGACUGAUGCAGAGGCUGGAAUUCGCCGUCAGCCGGCUGGAGCGGCUGUCCUCAGGGUUACACGAACCUCCCGGAGGCUGUGGGGAAGUUAACAGCCUCAGUAGAGGCAUAGUAGCACCAUCCGUGGAAGCCUUUGACAAACUGAUAAACAGUAUGGUGGCCGAGUUCUUAAAAAACAGCCGAGUCCUUGCUGGCGACGUAGAGACUCACGCGGAAAUGGUACAUGGUGCUUUCCAGGCGCAGCGUGCUUUUCUUCUCAUGGUCUCUCAGCACCAACAACCCCAGGAGAAUGAAGUUGCUGUCCUUCUGAAACCCAUAUCGGAGAAGAUUCAAGAAAUACAGACAUUCCGCGAGAGAAACCGGGGGAGCGACAUGUUCAACCACCUCUCGGCAGUCAGCGAGAGCAUCGCCGCCCUGGGGUGGAUAGCCGUGUCUCCCAAACCUGGUCCAUAUGUCAAGGAGAUGAACGACGCCGCCACCUUUUACACUAACAGGGUCCUGAGGGACUACAAGCACAGCGAUCUGCGCCACGUGGAUUGGGUGAGGUCCUAUCUCAAGAUCUGGAGCGAACUGCAAGCCUACAUCAAGGAGCACCACACCACAGGCCUCACUUGGAGUAAAACUGGUCCUGUAGCAUCCACAGCAUCAGCGUUUUCCAUUCUCUCCUCUGGGCCCGGUCUCCCUCCACCACCUCCACCACCACCUCCUCCUGGACCACCUCCCCCUUUUGAGAAUGAGGGCGGAAAGGAGGAGCCCUCCCCGUCUCGCUCAGCUUUGUUUGCCCAGCUAAAUCAGGGAGAAGCCAUCACAAAAGGGCUCCGACAUGUCACGGACGACAAGAAAAUAUACAAGAAUCCCAGCUUGAGGGCCCAAGGACAAAUUCGAUCUCCAACCAAAACCCGCACGCCGAGCCCUACAUCUUCAAAAUCGAAUUCUCCUCAGAAACAUGCUCCAGUGUUGGAGUUGGAAGGGAAGAAAUGGAGAGUGGAAUACCAAGAGGACAGGAAUGACCUUGUCAUCUCAGAGACUGAGCUAAAACAAGUGGCGUACAUUUUCAAAUGUGACAAAUCCACUCUUCAGAUAAAGGGAAAAGUAAACUCCAUCACCGUCGAUAACUGCAAGAAGUUUGGCCUGGUGUUCGACCAUGUGGUGGGCAUCGUGGAAGUGAUCAACUCCAAGGACAUUCAGAUCCAGGUAAUGGGGAGAGUGCCAACAAUCUCCAUUAAUAAGACAGAAGGAUGCCACCUGUACCUCAGUAAAGAUGCGCUAGACUGUGAGAUCGUGAGCGCCAAGUCGUCCGAGAUGAAUGUCCUGGUCCCUCAGGGUGACGAUUAUAGAGAAUUUCCCAUUCCUGAGCAGUUCAAGACGAUAUGGGACGGAUCCAAGCUCAUCACCGAACCUGCAGAAAUCAUGGCCUGACCUCCAAGAGAUAUCCUUCCCCGAGUCCCUCCAGCUGGCAGAAGCAAACAGCUAAUAGGAGCUAGAUUUCACCAUAGCCCCGGCGUCCAUGUCAGCGUCCUGCAGUUCUGUGCCGUGGAAAACAGUUUCUUUUCUGGCAGGCUUUUAUGGGCGUUUUGAAAUAUUUACCAUUUGAUCGUGCUUUGUGUGUGAUUUUUACUUCCACAUGAUAACUAGUGAACACAGCAGAGAGAGAGAGAAAAGGAUUCUGUUCCCAUCGGAUCACACACCGUGACACCCAUUUUGUCCUUUUGGUUUAAUUGCUAGUUGGAAAAAAAAAAUGAAGCCUUAGAGAGUCUAUGUCUGUUUUUACCUUUCAGACAACUUUAGCAUGAUGAAAUAGUCUUGUGCCCUGAAGAAUAAGACUAUUUUUUAAUUUUCACGUGUUCACCUUCAUCACCGAGGACAUCCUGUCAGUGUGAAUGUACACUUCAAUCCAUGUUUUUACACACACGUCUACACAAAGAGGAAACAGAAUUCUAAGUUUAUAGUUACUGAAAAAUGAAGGAAAUCUUAACUCCUCAUCUUAAACAUCCUUCCGCUGAGUCACUUUGAAAAUUCUUACUUGUCUGCCUUUCCCUAAGACAAAGGGUGGUGGCAGAGAGGGGUAGGGUAGGGUGGAGACUCAGUCCUCAUUUUUUGCUCUGUAACACCUUAUGGUUCUGUUCCAAGAAUAGCUCGACUGUUGGACAACCCCAUGCAGGUCUCUAAUGCUUAUCAGACAUGAGUCCCUCUUCCAAUGGCCAGGCUCCCCAGUGCUAACCAGCCUCAAAGGCAAAAGCCCGAGAGCCACAGCCAGACUGUUGCUUCUCGAAUCAGUUGCUUGGCUCUGGUUGGGUUUCCUAGCCUUGACAGCACACUCUCUCCCAGGUGAGCAACAAUGCUCUCCAUGUCUCUUCUCUGCACACGGCCGAGAACUCUGAAGCUUUGGGGCCGUGUGGAGCGAAGCCUAGCGCUGAGCUUUCGGAACCGAUGGGAGCAUCUAGACUGUGCCUAUGAAUGCCUUGCUGGAAGUCAUUGUCAGUCUCUGAAUAGCUUCUGUAUCCAUUUAGUAUUUGCAUCUCUGAUAAUUGUGUAUCAAAGUUUUGCUAUAAAAGUUCUGUCCUUCUGGACUAGGUUGUGGCUUUAGUAAGUAUAAUUUUUUUUUUUUUGGUUCUUUUUUUCGGAGCUGGGGACCGAACCCAGGGCCUUGCGCUUCCUAGGCAAGCGCUCUACCACUGAGCUAAAUCCCCAACCCCAGUAAGUAUGAUUUUUGAACAGUAAAGUUACACUAAGUAAAAACUAAUUGUUUAAAUACUGA